CUGAAAUGGAAUAUUUUAAAAUUGUGGCAAGACAGACUGUAAUGCAAUGCAAUAAUAUUUUGGCAAGACAGACCAUUGUUAUGGAAUGUUUUAAAAUCUUGGCAAGACAGACAACUGUAAUGGAAUAAUUUAAAACCGUGGCAAGACAGACAAUUGUUUUGGAUUGCUUUAAAAUCGUGGCAAGACAUACCACUGUUUUAGAAUGUUUUAAAUCGUGGCAAGGCAAACCACAGUAACGCAAUGUUUUAAAAAUGCAUCAAUACCGACACUUGCAAUGUUAUGUUUUAGAAAAUAAACAAAAUAGAAUAUUGCAAUGGAAUAUUUUCAAUUGUGUCAAUGCAAACCACAGAUUAAUACAGAAAACCGUACUAAGAACACCUCUUUCCCCCCUGAUGGCAUCGUGGUAUCCGUCCCCUCAACUCCUGUUCCACCACCUCCAUACACUGAUGACGUCACUUGUUGGACGUCACUGAAGGGAAAACUUGUUAGAUGGUUCGUGUGUUUCGUCAUUGCGUCAUUUCUGAUCGCGAUCAUCGGGGUUAGCCUCUUUUUCACUGUUUUCAACUCCCCUGAAGGCGUUGACGGACAUGGCCGACGAGGUGAUCGUAAAAAACAGCAAAUAAACAAACCAAGAACUAAUUUACAACAAGGCCUUCGCGGUGUCAAAGAAGACGGUUUCCCUGAUAUCGAUCAUUUCGGAAUACAAACAGGACUCCCAAAACGCAACACUCUUCCGGAGGACAUAGCAGACGAUACCAAAUCGAAUACAACAACGUUUAAAUGGCCAAUUACCACACGGCCUGUUUCCAAGGCACUACGGCCAUCUUCAUUUCCACGAGGCCAACCGGUUGCUAAAACAGACGGCUCUACACGACGUAAUACAUUGCUUAAAUUACCAGAUGUUAGCGCAGAUGCUCAACCGAAAGUCCCUUGUCCCUCGGACUGGAUGCAACAUGGAGAUCGAUGCUAUCUCUUCAUUCAACGUCCCGUGCAUUUCACCAACAUUGCGGAGUACUGUUCUGAAGAAGGCGGUUCACCUGCAGUACUUGAGGACGAUAAAGGGACAUUUGAGCAGCUUCUAGUGUCCGGAGCUCGUCCAAUUUUAGAAUGUUGUCUGAACGAAAAAGGUAAACGGGACGGAAGACCAGAACUUUUACAGCGUCUAGACGAUGAUCUCAUCAAAUUUAUGGCCAAAUUCAGUACCAAAUGGCCCCAAGAGGAGGACAACCCGAAACCGGGACCUAACAACCGAAUAAUACCUCGCCACUUGUUGCUACGUAAAGGAGUGACAACCACAUCACCAACGAUUCCGGACAUUGCCGCGACAGGAACAUCGUCGUCCUUUAUACAGACGAAAACGGAUUCCAUGCAAACUAAUGCCGACAAUGGAGGACAGCUGGAUGGAGGGUUCGGCCUCAUAAACCACGAAAAAGCUAACUCUACCACAACAACCACCACGACACUUAGCACCUCCAUCAUUUUUGCUGACAUCACAACGAGUAGUAAUGAUUCUGAGUUAGAAGUUCCUGUAAGUGGAGACAAAAACACAGACCAGUUCUCCACUCUCGAUGACGUCACACGAAAUCGACUUGCUAAAAAUGAGAAUAAGAAUGCUAAAGAGUUACCCAUAUUUACCGCAAUUCAAGAAAAAAUGUGUAAAAGCUAUCUAGGCGCGUACAUGGACGAGUGGCUGAGUGUUGAUUGUAACGUGGUUUAUUUGCAGGUUUGUGUGAAAGGACAACAGUGACAUCGACUAA